AUGUUUAGGUGUAGUAGACUAGUUAGGUUAAAUAGGUUCAAUAAAAGGUGGAUAAAUUACAGUAGCAUAAUACGAAAUGACCUAAAAGCCAUCAAUAAUCCUAAUAAUAACAUAACCCCACCCAAAACCCCGUCUCCAACAAUAAAUUUGAACGAUGCACAAGAUAAGGGGAACAAAGAUACGAAGACCAAUCUACAAGAAAGAGAUGAAAAGAUUAAGACGGGAGAAAUAACAGAAUCACUAUUAAACUUGAGUGAUGGUGAAGUGGAUAAAGAUGAUUAUCUAACUACGAUUUUCGAACAAAUGGAACCUUAUAUGGAUACUUAUGAAGUAUUCAAACAAUUAAAAAAUGCUGGAUUUACAGAGAAGCAAAGCAAUGAAAUAAUCAAUCUUUUGAUAGUACAAUUGAAUUCUAAGUUAAGUAAGUUAUCUACCAAAUACUCCCAACUAUUUGAAUUGGAGAAUGAAAGGUAUUUAUUCGAAAGUGCCCAACAAGAAUUAAGAGUUGAUAUAACAAGAUCUAGAGAAUCUCACAUAAACGAAUUGAUAAAUUUGAUUAAUAUUUUGGAAAGAGAUUUCAGAGGUAUAAGUGAUGAGUUGAAUAAUGACUUCCUUCAAUUGAAGAAUAAUAAUGAAGUUACAAUUAAUGAUCAAAAACAGGAGAAUACUUUAAGUUCUAAAAAAAUCAUGUUGAAGAUUCAAGAAACUAACCACAAAAUAACCACGGAAUUAAAUAGUGAAAUGAGGUCAGAAAUUGAAAGUUUGCGUUGGCAUUUAUCACGUUGGGGAGUCAUUUCCAUUUUGAUAUGUAUCUUUAGUGGAUGUGCCACAUUCUUCAUUUUUAAGAAGAAUGCAGAUAAGAGAGAAAGAAAAGACGAGUUUAUACCUCUAGUUGUUUACGAACCACUGGAAAUCGAUGAAGACGAUUACCAUCACGAUAUUGAUGAAUCUGACUUAUAA